AUGGACGCCACGGCCUGGCUUAAGAAAAGGUGUCAGGAAACGAGGCAUGAAGACCAUAAUCCUUUCCUUGAGCGAUUCACAGUCGUGCCCGUACCAAGGAAACGCUCCUCCAAGGUUAGAAGAUCCAUCAACAAGUCGCUCUUCCACGCUUUUCCCCGCCUACCUGCCGAGAUCCGCGCACAAAUUUGGGCCAUCGCGCUAGAAGAUCGCAUAUACAGACCAGACAAGUAUGCUCGUGUCAAGCCUCACCCCAACACUAUUUUCAUCAGCCAAGUCAAGCAAAAGCUCCGCGUCAGAACACGCCGGCGCUAUCCGGCCCUCUUCUUCGUCAACCGCGAAGCCCGCUACGAGGCCGCCAAGGUCGAUGGAGGAGACUGGUACUCUUUGGGCGUUGGAGCCGUAGAGAUCUAUGCGAACCCGAAGAAGGAGCAGAUCACUGUUUGCGAUACCUACGAAGGCUCAAGGUCUACCCCGCUCCACCAAAUAGCGAACCGCGUCGGUACGAGCUGGGCUUCAUCGACGUAUGAUCCAGUGAAGGAGGCUGAAAGGGAGUGGGACGAGAUGAUGUAUGACUUCUCGUUGGAGUAUCCAGACUCGGACUUGGAAGAGGGUUGGUGGAGGACGAAGUGA